AUGUCAACGCCCUCCACCCAUAGCGGCGAUUCCUGCGAGGACGCCUUCGCACCGGCAUCACGGGCGCUUCGGUCACAGCAGAAUGCCACCCCUCUCCUUCUGAUGAUGAUCAUGCUCUCGGGCCGCCAGUUCGCGCCGUCAGAUGCAGAGGUGCGGCCAGAUUCCGGUCAAGAUGGCUGGGAGGCGGUCGUUUUCCUCUGUGCCUUGGGCAUCAUGAUCAGCUACGCAGACAGGUCCAAUAUCUCCAUUGCCAUCAUCGGUAUGGCCAAAGACUUUCAAUGGGAUAAGGCCUUCGAAGGCACCGUCCUGUCCGCCUUCUUCGGAGGUUACGCGGCGACACAGCUGCUCGGGGGACGCCUUGCCGAUGUCCUGGGAACGAAAUGGGUGCUGGCUGCAGGACUAAGCACUUGGUCUUUGGCCACUGCGCUGACGCCGCUGGCUGCUGCUGCAGGUGCAGGUCCUCUGCUUGCCGUGCGGCUAGCUUUAGGCUUGGGCGAAGGAGUUGCUUUUCCAGCUGUGCAUGCGGCGAUUGCCCGGCUGGUUCCUCGAAGCCAGCAGUCCUUCGCCGUUGGACUCGUGACAGCUGCGUCCUACGGUGGAGCCGGGCUUGCAUUCCUCCUGGUUCCCGGGAUUAUCGAAAACUACGGCUGGCAGACGUCCUUCUUCGGCUUCGGAGCCCUUGCCUUGCUUUGGCUGCCGCCCUGGUUGGCCGUGGACGUCGCGAGUCCAUCUGCGCCGAGGUCUCCUUCAGCAGAGGCUUUCUCUCCUGCGAAGAUCGCGGAGGGCUUCACCGGCACAGUGAAGGAGCUGCUCCCCCUGAUGCGGACGAAGGAAGUCUUGGCUAUCUGCGUGGCCCAGUACACGAACGGCUUUGGGCUCUACGGUUUGCUCAGCUGGCUCCCCACUUUCUUCGCGGAGCAGUACGGCACGGCCUUGGCAGACUUGCCGGUGCUGACAACUCUGCCCUACCUUCUGCAGGCUCUCGUGGGAAUGGCAGUCGGUGGCUUUGCCGAUCGAUCCCUGGCGCAGGGGAUGCCGGUGGCCACCGUCCGCAAGGGCUUGCAGACUGUAGGCAUGCUGGUGCCCGCUGCUGCCCUGCUAUUGGCCGCGUCUCCCGCCACUGGUGGCUCCGCGGCUGUGGGCGGCGCGCUGAUCGACGUGGGCCUUGCAGCCAAUGCACUGACACUUGGGGCAGUGAGUGUCAAUCACCUCGACGUCGCCCCACGCCACGCCGGGGCGAUCUUUGGCUUAGGCAAUACCUUCGCCACGUUUGCCGGCCUGGUCGCCACUCCCCUGACAGGCGCCGUGCUGGACAAGACGGGCUCCUGGGAAAUAGUCUUUACUAUCAUCACCUUCCACUAUGUGGUUGGGGCCGCGGUCUUCGCGCUUUUUUCCGGUGAUCGAGCCCUUGAAGAAGACGGACAAAGCUGA